GGCGCCGAGCAGCAGGGCGAAUAACACGUGCUGAAUGGAGUAGGGGCAGACGAUCAGGUUGCUGCUGGCGCUGGGCGGUUGCGCUUGCGCCACGGCUUGGAAAAUCUUUACAGCCACAUCGGGAUGCUUGUCCAUGUUUUCCCUUGGUUUCUCGUCUCCCGCGCUGUUUUGAAGGCGGAAAGAAGCGAAGAUUGGAAAACAGCCACAACAAGUUUCCUCUCUGUCCUUCGCAUCAGCAGUCCGAUGACGAGACUUUGCAGGAUUCCAGGGCAUUGAUUUACCGUGAGCAAUCCCCGAUUUUCCAGUUUCCACACAGCUCAGCCACCUGCGCGCAACUUCGAAACUGCGCGUACAUCCGGAACACACUUCUCACAAGAUCAGAAUCAAUCUGUUUGCCUCGUGGCAUCUUUCGUCUAAGACAGACCACAAAAGAUAUUUGAAAAGCAUUCACAUAAAAAAUAGAAAUGAAAAUGUGCAUCCGUUGAGUUAACGUUUGCACUGCAAGAGAAGUACAGGGAUCCGGGCAGGCUCCCACAAUUUCAAGUAUCCGCCGCGUUGGACGUGCACUACUGUCUGUACGCAAGUGGCCCGCUCCCUGUACACUUCAAACUUAAGAUGCCCCGCGGUAAAGCAAUUGAUCCCGAUCUCGUGAAGACGGUUUAUCGGCUGUAUGCGCAGUUCAAGAGUUAUUCGAAGGUGGGGGAACUGUGCGGGAAGCACAAAUCGUGGGUGGGACGCGUGAUGCAGCAUUACGAUCAGUCAACGGGUCUGCAGAAGACGGCGCACCCGCGCGGCCGCGCCACCAUCAUCACGCCGGAGAAGGAGCGGGAGCUGGAGGCCUUUUUCCAGGAGAACCCCGACAUCAGCAAUCGGAAGGCGGAGGUGGUGGUGGGGGUGAAGCGCGGGACGCUGGGCGGCUGGCGACGCAAGCGCAGCAAGCAGCAGCGAAAAGUCAAAGCUGCUGCCAACAAACCAGCUCCAAAGAAGUCUUCCACCGCGUCUUGAUUAGGUCCUUGAUAAUGUGGCGAUGGAGAAAUAAAUUCCCCUGGGGAAGGCCAAAAUGUGGCCGCCCGCGAGAUUCAACGCGCGGGCCGUGUUGUUGCGGAUGUUUUCCCCUCCUGGAUGCUUUCGGCUGCGGGAUUAGCGCUGUGAAGCGCCACACGGCCAUGGGAAGCCCUGGACAAUGUUCGUACAUCUCGCGGAGGAACGCCAGAUAAAAUUGUUUCCAGUGCAAUUUUUGCCUACUAUUUUUUACUAAUUUAGCGUACAAUACGUGCUGUUUUUUUUUGAGAAUGCAGCACUGGGAUUUUUUCCCUAGUUUGGACUGCUCUGUUGCGUGAAAAUAUUUUGAACGUACUGCAAAAAUGGAGUCUGCCUGUACGAAAAUAAUAUGUAAAGCGUCAA